AUGAUUAUUAAAGCCCUUUCAGAGGUUGACAUGUUAAAGUUAAAAUAUCACAAAACAGUCCAAUAUCACAUUGAGAAUGAUGUGAACAUUUAGUAUACUAAACCUAACCUCUACAAAAGUUUUCUAAACAAAGUAAUGAUAGACAUUACCCAUUUUGAGUGCAUUUUCAACCUGGAAGAAAUUAAGAAGUCUAACCAAUAAAUCCUCCUAGAUCUAAUUGGUUUUUCAAAAUUUAGCUAGAAUAUUUUAGUUGAUAGGUUGAAAUACACUAAUUUGAUGAAAUAUGAUGUGAGGCUAGCUUGUUGA